AUGCUGGGUCUCCAGGCACUUCCUCCCACUCUCAGUCUCCAGGCACUCCCUCCCACUCUUGCUCUCCAACCAGUUCCUCCCAUGCUGGGUCUUCAGCCACUUCCUUCCACUCUUGGUCUCCAACCACUUCCUUCCACUCUUGGUCUCCAGCCUCUUUCUCCUGCUCUCACCACUCUCAUCCAGGUGUGGUCUGCAGCCAUUCUUGUCCCCUCUGAGUCUGCAGCCAUUCUCAGCCAUUUAGGGUCUGUUGCAGCCACACUUGUCUGGUCAAUGUCUGAAGCCAUUCUUUUUCCCAUCAGCUCUGUAGCCACUCUUUUCCAGUUUGGGUCCCCAGCCACUCUCCCCUAG